GCUGAGAUGUUCUGCCGCGAGCGAGGGGCUGGUGUUGGAAAAAAGGGCAGCCACGGCACUGUCAGAAAGAACCGCGGAGGCGGCGACUGGUGGGGCAAUGAGGGCUGGUAUGGUAGUGGCGAAGGUGAUGACUGGGAUUGGAACUACUACCCAGGAUACUAUUUUUGGGGCAGUGGAUGGGGCCAGGGCAAUGGCUACAAAGGCCCUUCGAAGGGCAAAAGCAAGCAGAGCAAUCCUGGCAAGGGCAAGGAUGCCCGAAACCGCUCCAAGAACGUGGAAGGCGAAAGCCGCCAAGGUCCCAAGGCCAGUGCUGA